GUUCUUGGCUGGGUGCUGUUUGUUGGGAUUCUAUCCUAUGUUAAAGUCAUCAUUGGGAUAAUUCUUCGGGAUGAAGGACACAGUGCCCUUGUGUGGUGUGGGGCUGUAGUGCAGCUUGGCUCCAUGUUAGGUGCCCUCACUAUGUUUCCCCUUGUUAAUGUCUAUAAUGUUUUUCACUCAGGAAACCCAUGCCACCACAACUGCCCCUCGUAA